AUGCCGCGCACGGACGCGUGCGCCGCCUCCAGCACCGGGACGCCGUGCCACCUCACGGUGGUCGGCUUUGGUGGCGCUGACGAGCUGGAAGGCGAGCCCGGUGUCCUGGGCGAGGAUAUGGUGGAUGCUGUCGAGGAGCGACGCCUAGAAAUGGCCCAAGCUGAGCGCGUCCUUCUUCACCAGCACCACGGUGCCCCCGAUUCGGCCCUCCAGCACCGUGGACGCCGCACGCGCCUCACGGUGGUCGAAGGCGUGCAGCACGGCCAAGCAGGGAGUCACGAAGGAGAGGGGAGCGAUGCCGCGAUCGCAAGGGGAGCGACGAGCAGGGAGGAGACCGACACGCCGACGCUGAGGCGGCGGAAUUUCGAUUGUGAUUCCCUCCUGGGUCCUGAAGCAAGCGCAGCAAUGCCAGCUCUUCCCGCUUUCCCCCUCACCCGCCGCCCAUCCGACGCCAGACGCCGCGGUCGCCUCGUCCUUUCCCUCGUCGUCCUCGUCGCCUUCUCCGCCGCCGUAGCCCUCGCCUACCUCUCUUUCCCCUCUGCCGUGCGGACAUCGCCCCCGGCAGCGUUUUCGGCGGUCCGGGCGGAGGCCGACUGCUGCAGGGGUAUGGAGGGCCUCGAGCUCUGGGGCCCGGCGGUCAAGUGGGGCUCAGACCACCGCCUGCCCUCCGCUGCCGCUUGCUGCGCUGCCUGCAAGGCCAUGUGCCCUCACCCCGAGGACGGGGCCUGCCGCUGCGACUCGUGGGUCUUCUGCGGGGACGAGCGCAAAUGCAAGGACAGGCUCGGGGAGUGCUGGCUGAAGAAACAGAAGGAUGUCAUGGCUCCUGCUGUUAUUGCAAGGGGGGAGGACGUCAUGUGGACUUCUGGUCUAAUCUUUGGAAAAGGAGAGGGAAUUGUGGGGCUUGAAACAAAUCUAGGGACACUUCAUAUUCAAUUGCUGCCUGGUUGCGCACCCCAUUCUGUGGACUACUUCAUCGAGCUUCUGGGCUUGCGCAACUUUGUCAGAUGCAGAUUUUAUCGUGCAGAAGGACGUGGGAAUGUCUGGGAUGCAAAAGGCGAUCAUGAAAAAAAUGCUGCAUUUGGCCCGCCAUAUGCAUUGCUUCAAGGAACACUGGAAGUUGAUGGUGUGCCCUUCAAGGAGAUACCAAGAGAAGCAUGUCCGUCGGUGAAAAGAGGGUCCGUUGCCUGGGUAGGGUCAGGGCCAGAGUUCCUGAUCAGCUUAGCAGACCACGAGGAGUGGAGGGACGCCUACACCGUGUUCGGGAAUGUGCUUCCCAAGGACAUGGCGAUCGCAGAGGAGAUGGCACUGCUGCCGACAAGCACAGACGUGUGGAGCAAUGUUACGGUGAAGGUUCUGAAAGAUCCUGUCUACUUCAAGAAGGCGAAGGCCGUCGCGUUCUCGCAGGCGGCGGCGGCGGCGGCGGCGGCGGCGAUGCUUGCGUUCGAGGAGCAGGUGGUGGCGGACCUGGUGGAGGAUCCGAACGGAGGUCUGGUGGUGCUCUCCUCGGGCCUCCCUCUGGCCUCCCUCGCCGCUACCCUCCUCCUCUAUCUCCACCAGACCCCCGGCGACGCGGCGGGGGGAGGAUGUCUCCUCGUCCUCUCCGCCCCCGAUCCCCUCAAGGCCCGGAUCCGCCGCCGCCUCCAAGAAAAGCUGCAGGUUCACGACGUGCCCCCUGACCUCCCCGCGCAGCAGCGCGCCUCCCUCUACGCCUCUGGCGCUGCUCUCUUCCUCUCCCCCCGCGCCCUCGCCGCCGACCUCCUCACCUCCCGCCUCCUCCCCUCCCGCGUCCGGGCCCUACUCCUCCUCUCCGCCCACCGCUCCACCGAUACCUCCUCCGACGCCUUCAUCGCCCGCCUCCUCCGUCAACGCAAUCUUCUCCCCGUUUACGCCUUCUCCGACUGCCCCCAUGCCAUGGUCGCCGGUUUCUCCAAGGCCGAGCGUACCAUGAAGAGCCUCUACGUGCGCCGCCUCCACCUCUGGCCCCGCUUCCACGUUCUCGCCGCAGCCGACCUGGAACGCGCCCCGCCUGACGUCGUAGACGUUCGCGUUCCCAUGACGCCGCCCAUGAGGGGUAUCCAGGCUGCCGUCCUCGCUACCAUGGACGCUUGCCUCAAGGAGCUUAGGCGCACCAACAAGGUGGAUGUUGAGGACCUCACCGUCGACAAGGGCCUCUUCAAGUCUUUCGAUGAGAUCGUCCGGAGGCAGCUCGACCCCAUCUGGUACACUCUUGGGAAGAAGACAAAGCAGCUUGUGGCUGACCUCAGGACGCUACGCAAACUGCUUGAUUACCUCGUCAGGUACGACGCUGUUACAUACUUGAAGUACCUUGACACAUUGAGAGUGUCAGAAGGUGUGCGAUCAGUUUGGAUACUUGCUGACUCAAGCCAUAAGAUAUUUGAGCAUGCAAAAAGGCGUGUUUACCAGGCAGCGAGAACAUAUGGUGUUAAGGUUAGCAUAGAUAAUAAGGGCACACCAACAAAGAAGAGGAAAGUGGCACAUAAUACUACCAAGAAAGGAAAAGAAACCGAAAAUGAAGACUCCACUGUAGGUAGUUACAACACUCAGAAGGUUAAUACUGAUGUGGGCAUUGUAUUGGAAGAGGUUUUGGAGGAGGCACCGAAAUGGAAAGUGUUAUGGGAAUUGUUGCAAGAGAUAGCAGAAGAACAGAUGAAGAGCGAUGCUGGGAAUGUGCAUGAUGAAGACAAAAGUGAUGAAAGUGGCAUAGUUUUGGUAACAUGUAAAGAUGAGCGCACAUGCUUGCAGCUGCAGGAAUGCAUAUUAAAAGGCCCCUGUCAGGUUAUGCAAGAAGAGUGGGAGAAGUAUUUGAUUGAGAAAGCUGAGCUGCAUGGAUUGAAUAAGAAGAACAAGAGAAAAUCUGAGCAACCAAAAGGGGUUGGUGUCCUGGAUGGUGAAGUUCAAAUGGGACCUAGUGAGAGUGCAGGUCCAGUUAGCAUUAGCAAACUCGAAACUAAUGCCUUACUUGCCGCUGCCUCUGAAUUAAGAAAUAUAUCAAAUGAAGCAGAUGUCAGUUGUGGCUCAAAUAGCAGCUGCAGCAAGAAGGGGGCAGCAAGGGGAAAAGCAAAGGGGAAACCAAAGAAAACCACUGCAAAGAGACAAGCCAGCAAUCGAAAAAAUAAAAGUAAGGGGGGAAAUGACAAUAGCCAAGCUACCGAUCUGGAUUCUGAAGGUCAAUCAGGCAAAACAGAUGAACAGGCUGAGAUUGAUGCUUCUAAGGCGUCCACAUAUGAUGCUUCCGUGUCAGCCUCUACUUCUAAUGAUAAAUUUAACCAUUCAUCUGCUCUCGGAAACUUGGCAAAUGGCAAGCCACUACCUCCUGUGCAGUUUCAUGCUCUAGACAGUGACCAGCACGUGCUUGAUGUAUGGAAACCAUCUGUUAUUAUUGUUUAUCAUCCAGAUAUUACCUUUGUAAGGGAAAUUGAAGUAUACAAGGCAGAAAACUCAUCAAGGAAGUUAAAAGUUUACUUCCUUUUUUACGAAGAUUCCACUGAGGUGCAAAAAUUUGAGUCCAGCAUUCGACGGGAAAAUGAAGCAUUUGAAUCUUUGAUCAGACAGAAGUCCCUGAUGAUGAUACCUGUUGAUCAGGAUGGCCGUUGCAUUGGACCAACUGUUGCAAAUGAACCAGAACCUCUUUUAUGUCAGAACUCAAUUACAAGAAAGGCAGGUGGUAAAAAGGCACCUGAGAAGGAGAUGCAGGUUAUUGUAGACAUGAGAGAGUUCAUGAGCAGCCUUCCGAAUGUAUUACAUCAGAAAGGUAUCCGAAUAGUACCGGUCACCCUUGAAGUUGGUGAUUAUGUUCUCUCUCCUUUGAUCUGUGUUGAGCGGAAAAGUAUCGCAGACUUGUUCCAAAGCUUUGCUUCUGGUCGUCUGUACAAUCAGGUUGAGACAAUGGCACGUUACUACAAGAUCCCGGUUCUCCUCAUCGAGUUCUCACAAGAUAAGAGCUUUUCCUUUCAGUCUGCAAAUGAGAUCGGGGAUGACGUCUCUCCAACCAACAUUAUCUCAAAGCUUUCGCUGCUAGUGCUGCAUUUUCCUCGGGCCAGCAUAAUCUGGUCACGCAGCUUGCAUGCUACAGCAGAAAUAUUUAUGUCACUGAAAACAAACCAGGAUGAACCUGAUGAGAAAAAAGCAACAAGAGUUGGCGUGCCUUCUGAGGAUGGAAUCGUGGAGGAUGAUGUGAGGUCUGAAAAUUACAACACAUCAGCCAUUGAGUUCUUAAGAAGGCUUCCUGGGGUGACGGAUUCCAACUACCGAGCAAUCAUGGAUGGAUGCAAUAGCUUGUCCGAGCUGGCCCUGCUUCCAGUGGAAAGGUUGGCGGAGCUAAUGGGCGGUCAGAAGGCUGCACGGACGCUCAAGGAGUUUCUCGAUGCCAAGUGCCCAACCAUGCUGUAG